AUGGCAAACUCGACCACUCUCCAAUCGUGGCUGUGCCACUCGAACAACCGCAUGGACGACGACACGGUCUUGUUAGAUUACAAAGACCUCGUUCGCGUGCGACGAUCGGACCUGUGGCGCGUCUGCGAACACGACGGGUGGAUAAACGAUAUCGUCAUGAAUUUCUGUUUCGAGAGACACCGGGAACGAGCGAGAGACGAACAGUUUCGACAUUUAAAAGGAGAACUGAUCGAUCCAAACGUCGCGCAUUUCUUGCAACACGGAGAUAUUUUGGACGCGGCGCAACUGUUGAAGGAUUUAGAGCUGGAUGGGUCGAAAUUGUUUUGUUUACCAGUCAACGACGAGACCGAUUUGAGUUUACACGUUGGUGGGUGUCACUGGUCCUUGUUGGUGCACACGCCGGCGGUGACGGCGGAUAUUCCGGCGAGAUGGUCGCACAUCGACUCGAUGAGCCAUAAGAACAUUCCACACGCGGAGAAGAUGGCGAAACAGAUCGCGAAAGGGCUUUUGAUCAACGAAGGGAGAGGGUCGCAUUUUUUGUCCACCGCCGGCGACGGGGACGCCGGCAAGGAAAACAACAACUUUGAGGUGGAGUUGUUUUCGUUGGAAGAUACGCCGCAACAGAAAAACGGACACGAUUGCGGAAUAUUUGUGAUAGAAUUAGCGUGUAAGAUUGUAGAUUUUGGCGUAGAGUGGGAAAUCGACGAGGAUUUUGAUAUGCACGAUAUCGACGCGAGGGGGUGGAGGAAGGAAACGUAUCGAGAUAUCGAAUUUUUGAUCGUUGACGACGGCGAACAGUUCACCGCGUAG